CACCCUGACUCAUUCCUACCCUUUUCUUCUCAAAUUUCUACCCACACAGUACGCCCACGCCAUACCCUUCGAUAGCCCAUCACCACCACCAACGCCACCGCUACUACCGGCCGCGACAACUCCCUUCCAGCGACCUAAUUACGGAGCGCUAGAGCUCACUUUCGGAGCCAAGAACUGCCACCCCCCUCUCUAGGCUCGACAAUCCGUACAAUACUCAAGGAUUGAAGCUUGUUGAGCCCUUUGCUUGACAAUGAUAUAUACAGCGAUUGACAAUUUCUACUUGACCGAUGAGCAGCUAGAGAACUCACCUUCUAGGAAAGAUGGUAUAGAUGAAGCGACCGAAACUGCCCUACGAAUCUAUGGCUGUGAUCUCAUCCAAGAAAGUGGCAUCUUGCUUAAGUUGCCUCAAGCAAUAAUGGCCACUGGCCAGGUUGUAUUCCAUCGUUUCUACUGCAAGAAGUCAUUUGCCCGCUUCAAUGUGAAGAAAGUUGCUGCAGGCUGUGUGUGGCUUGCAUCAAAGCUGGAGGAAAGCCCUAGGAAAGCAAGACAAGUCCUCAUUGUUUUCCAUAGAAUGGAAUGUAGGAGGGAGAACUUGCCCAUAGAGCAUUUGGAAAUUGGAUCGCUGAAAUAUCAUGAGCUCAAGACAGACUUGAGUCGAACAGAAAGACAUAUAUUGAAGGAGAUGGGAUUCAUUUGUCAUGUUGAACAUCCUCAUAAAUUCAUAUCUAACUACCUCGCCACCCUUGAAACACCUCCAGAACUGACGCAAGAAGCUUGGAAUCUCGCAAAUGAUAGUUUGCGUACGACCUUGUGUGUUCGAUUCAAGAGCGAGGUUGUGGCCUGUGGGGUUGUCUAUGUUGCGGCACGUCGGUUCCAGGUACCCCUUCCUGAGAAUCCUCCAUGGUGGAAGGCCUUUGAUGCAGACAAGUCUGGGAUUGAUGAAGUUUGUAGUGUUCUGGCUCACCUGUACAGCCUUCCUAAGGCACUGUACAUUCCAGUCUGUAAGGAUGGAGAUUCUUUUACAUUUUCUAACAAGUCAAGGGAUUCGCAAUCUCAGUUUGUACCCAAGGAGGUUCAGCAGACUAGCCCUACAGCUAAUGCCAAGCCAACUUCAGCAGCAGCUAAUCCAGGAUCUGGUGGAUCCAAAGAUGUAUUGAUAAGAGUAGCCAUUGACAAGUUGAAGGAGACUAAGAAAAGUGAUGAUGAGCCAUUGAACGUGCCUGUUGAAGGAGAUGCUAGAGAAGAGCCCAUGCUAAAAUCCUAUCCCGAGCACAGGACAGAGGCAAGUAGGGAGCGAAAUAGGGAGAGAGAGAAAGAGAGGGAAAGGGACAGGGAAAGGGAGAGGGAGGACAGAAUAAAGGCUCGUGAUCGUGAUAGGGGCAGAGAUUCUGACCGGGAAUGGGACCGAGAGGAAAGUGAGAGGGACAGAGAUAAAGUCAAGGAUCGCAGUCAUCUUUCUAGGGAUAGAGGAAAGGAUUCAGGAGGACGCUCAAGACACCACUCAUCACGAGAUCGUGACUACUACAGUUCCUCUUAUUCUUCAAGGGAGAAGGAUCGCCAUAGACAUCGUUCAUAAUCUUAAACCUGUCUUUGAGGCAUGUUAUUUGUAUUCAUUCAUCUCUGUAAGUCACGUUUGGCCUGCAGGUAGGAAAUACAAAGUAGUGGAGGAAAAUGAAAAUAUGCUUCAUUGAAACAAUAAUUACUGUUGACUGCAGAUGUAUGACCUGAUUUGCAAAUCAACCUCUGUACAAGAUCAACUGUUGAUUUUGUACACAGCUAUCGAUAGUGCUGCUAGUACAAUUAGUUCUACAUUUCGUCUCAAUCAAAAUGCUUGGAGUUUAUUGUACUGGGGUAUAAUCAGUACAUUUUACCCCCUUUUUUUUUUCGUUUCGCUCUAAAUUCUGAGCUGUUUCGAACUGUUCAGACCAUCCCAACUAGAAUUUGCAUUCUAGUAUGGAAUUUGAUUUAUGGCAUUUGUGUGCUUUUUUCGUUUAAACUCAAAUGGUGUAUAUAUAUAUAUGUAACCUUUUAGUUCUUGGUAGCAUUGUUGUAAUUUUGAGUAUGAAUGAUAUUUUUGUAAUUUUGAAUCUGUUCCCUCA